AAUUGCUAAUAUUGCUUGUGGCAUUACUAGUUCAAAAUGCCACCUAAAGGAGGAAAACCCAAAAAGGCACCAGUCAUCAUCAUCGAUGGCGUGGACACGUCCGAGAUGACUCGAGAAAAACUCGAACAAUUCAUUCUUAGAGUAAAGGAUGAAUUGGAUAAAGAGAGAGAAGAAAGAAACCUCUUCCAAUUGGAAAGAGAUAAAAUUCGUACAUUCUGGGAAAUCACAAGGCAGCAACUAGAUGAGGCAAAAGCUGAAUUGAGAAAUAGAGAAAGAGUAACAGAAGAGACGCAAGAAGAGAAUGAGGCACUCUUAGAAACAGAGAAACAGAAAAUAAAACAUUUGAAAUAUGAACAACAAGCCGCCGCAGCUGCAUUAAGAGCUGAAAAUUUGGUGGCUCUUAAAGCUGCCAAAGAAGAGCAUGGCGAACAAGAGAUGGAACUCCUAAAUGACAAAAGAGCCUUACGAAAGGAAAUAAAAGAAAAACAAUUAGCCGCCCAAGAUGAGUUGCGAAGAGCUAAAUUGAUGCAUGCUGAAGAGCUCUCUAAAGCAAGAGCAUAUUUUGAAGAAAAAGCGCGUCAGAUUGAGGAUAAAGCGGAUAAAAAGCUUCAAGAAACUAAAAUGGAGUUAACGAUUAAACAUAGAACAGAGAUAGCGGAAGUAGAAGAAAGAAAAAAUAAGCAAUUGUCAGAAUUAAUUGCUCAUCACGAGAGAGCGUUUUCGGAUCUGAAAAAUUACUAUAACGACAUCACAUUGAAUAAUUUAGGUUUGAUAAGCAGUUUGAAGCAGCAAAUGGAGGAUAUGCAGAAGGUAAAAGAGCGGGCAGAGAAGAUUUCACGCGACUCCGUGGCCGAAGCCAAAGGCCUUAGGGAGCCUCUGGAAGCCGCCAUUAUUGAUAAUAAGGAGCUCAAGCGGCAGAUGUCUAAUUACGAUAGGGACAAGGCGGCUCUUGCUGCCAAAACAAAGCAGCUAGCAAUUCUCGAGAAGCAAUACGAAGUCCUGAAAUGGGAGUACGAGGUGAUCCAAGUGCGUUUCGACCGCGUGCUCGCGGAGCGCGACGAGCUCAAGGCGAGGUUCUCCAGAGCCGUCCUGGAGGUGCAACAGAAGGCGUCCAUGAAGACUGCUCUGCUGGAAUCUAAGCUGAAGGAUAUGUAUGGACGGGACAAAGCGCCGCAGGAGUUGCAUGAACUUCUGAAAUUUAAAGACACACAAGUUGAAGACCUUCGCUACGAAGCAGCGCGUUUACGGAAAGCUCACGAUGACCUUCUGGCAGCGUAUGAAGCUAAAUUGGCCAAACUUGGAGUACCAGCUGAAGAACUCGGUUUCAAACCGCUAAAAGCUGUGGCUGUGGCAGGAUUAUCUCCAGUAAUAGGACAAGGACCUGCCGGCUUGGUCACCAAAGAUCAAAUUUAAUAGGUACAGUUUCGUGACAUUUUUGACAUAUACUUACCUACCUACUUGACUUUCACGGAUGGAUAUUUAGGUACAUAAUACAGACCGAGUGUUUUU